CACCUCCUACGCCAAGAACAGAAGAUUUCUCCAGAAACCCAAUUUAACAUACAAGGAAAAACGAAAGCCCAGUAAUGAAAAGAUCUCAUGUAAAUCGAAAAUGCUCGUUGCCCAUUGUUUUCCUGUCCAUUUCUGCUUCACUACUGAUUUUCAUCUUAAUUUUAUCCCACUCCAAUCCCAGUAAUUCUUCUUUUCCCAGUAGUUCGAACUCAGUUGACUCGGAUUCCAUAGCUUUGCCUGAACUGCCGCGAUUUGCGUACUUCAUUUCGGGCACAAGCGGCGACGGCGGGAGGCUGCUGCGGCUGCUUCAGGCGUUGUAUCAUCCGCGGAAUUACUAUUUGCUCCACCUCGAUUUGGAGGCCUCCGAAACUGAAAGGCUUGAGCUCGCCAAGUUUGCCAAGUCUGAUGCGAUCAUAAGGGGGUUUAAAAAUGUGAUGGUGAUGGGGAAGGGUAAUUUGGUCACUGCAAAAGGGCCGACGAUGAUGGCAUCCACCCUACACGCGGUUGCGAUUCUGCUCAAGCAUGCGAAGCGGUGGGACUGGUUCGUCAAUCUUGGAGCUUCGGAUUAUCCGCUUAUGCCGCAGGAUGAUAUCCUGCACAUCUUCUCGUACUUGCCGAGGGAUCUGAAUUUCAUUGAGCAUACUAGUGAAUUUGGUUGGAAAGAACACCAAAGAGCUCGGCCUAUUAUUAUAGAUCCUGGACUAUAUCACUCAAAGAAAUCUGGCGUAUUUUGGGCCAAAGAAAGAAGAUCAUUGCCUGCUUCUUUCAAAUUAUUCACAGGGUCCGCUUGUGUGGUUCUUUCAAGAUCAUUUCUGGAGUUCUGCAUUUGGGGAUGGGAUAAUCUUCCUCGCACCCUCCUAAUGUACUACACGAAUUUCCUCUCGUCUCCUGAAGGAUACUUCCACACAGUAGUGUGCAAUCAUAAAGAUUAUCAGAACACAACGGUAAAUCAUGAUUUGCAUUACAUGAAAUGGGACGAACCUCCAAAGGAAGAGCCUGUGAAUUUGACUUUGGAACACUUCGAAAACAUGGUCCAGAGUGGAGCCCCGUUUGCUCAUAAAAUUGCUGAGAAUGAUUCUGUGCUUGAUAAAAUCGACAGGGUACUAUUAAAAAGAUCGAAUGGCCAAUUUACACCUGGGGGAUGGUGUUUGGAAAGCUAUGGGCUAAAAAGGGAUCCUUGUAUGGUUUAUGGGAGUGCAGAUGCCGUUAAACCAUCUUUAAGUUCUAAAAGUUGUCGCCAUUUGGACGGUACUUUUAAUCGAUCGGGGGUGCUCUUUCAUGUGAAGUGAAUUCUGGGAUACUAGCGUAUCGGUUUCUGCACUUGGUAGCGCUUGUAUUGUGCCGUUGAAUGGUUUGCUCAUCAUGUAUAUUAUACACAGAAGCAUUCUAUUUGGAGAGUAAAGGCAGUUUUCUGAGUUGGGAUUUGUGUGAGGAAAGCAUUGGGAGUGUGUCUGAAUCAGUGCAAUUGGGACCACGCUAUAGCAAUAUAAGGAAACUUUGUCCAAUAUGUUUCAGAAAUAAAUGGCAUGUCAGAGAAGAAGAGAGCAUAACAAAUUUCUCAAGAGUUUGGGGAUGAAUGACAGCAUCCCGUGCCAAGGUUGAAAUUACGAUUUUUGUGGAUAUGCUGUUGGUCCCCUUUGACUUCAAGAGUACUCCGUUUCUCUUGCAUGAUGGUGCCUGCAUUCUUAAGUGCUGAUCUGCGGCUGGUAUCAACAUCCAGAGGAUAGACAAAUGUUUCGAAGUGCCUCAAGCCAUACUUCCUCUUGACCUAAUGCCCAGGAACCAGCUCACUCUUGCUGACAUUUUAAAGUUGACAAAUCUUAUAGUUUUGCUGGGAUCUUCGUUGAAUCCAUCAUAUAGACUUCUAAAAUGUAAACUUUGAAAAUUAGAAGCAGAUACUUGCUUGUUGUGUCUAUAAACGAAGUAUAUAUGGUGUUCUGUGUUACAUUUAGCAGUUGGUCCCCAAACCAUGAUCUUCAAUUGAUACUCUAAUUAACUGAUAUGUACUAGCGAGAAAUGUUUUGUUAGCAGAAUACGUAAAAUUGUUCUACCGUAA